AUGGCAGGAAAUAACGUUGUGUGGCAGCCCCAGGUGGUGGAGGACAUGUUACGGUACUACAAAGAGAAGAUACAAGCUGAGGGAAGGCUAAUGGUUUUUCGUGAGAUACAUCAUGGGGAGUGCGCAAAACAAAUUAAUGCAAAGUAUCACACAAAUUUCACUCAGCGACAAGUUUACCACAAGUAUCAUAAGCUGAAAGGUCAAUGGAAGGUUAUUCUGCAAGCAAAGAAUUUAAGCGGAGCAAACUUUGAUGAUGUUAAGAAAAUGAUACUUUAUGAUGAAACAGAGGUUGUCAGGAUGCAGAAUGACUAA